CGCAAGGGAGAAGCUGGGGACAACAAGCGACAGAAGUAGACGAUGGGGAAGUACAGGCCAAGGUUCAACGACAAGGCUCGAGCCGGUAUGCGUGCGAAGCAGGAGAAGCUGAAAAAGGCGAGACAGAAGCAGUUCACGAGGCAUCUGGAUGACGGUACAGAGAAUCAUGCUGGCGAUGGUGAUGAUGGUGGUAGAGGUGCUGAUGAGGAGGCGGCUUUUGACCCCAACGCUGAGAUGCUACAGCCGAUGACGAAGCAGGAGAAGGAGGACCGUAAGAGAAAGUUGCAGGAGGAGCUGAGGCCUGCGAGUGAGUCCAAGAUGUCCAAGCAGAAGCGGAAGAGGCUGGAUAAGUAUAUUGAGCAUCAGCUCAAGAGAGAAGAGAAGCAGGUGCUGAUUGAUAAGCUACAAGAGUCCAAAUUCGAUACGUCGCUGUUGGAGAGCUCUAAGCUACUGGGUACCGGCAAGAAGACUAAGAAGGAGGAGUUUGCAGAGGCGCUGUCACUGGAAAGACAAGGUCGAGGUGAUGAGACGACAAGGAAGAUUCUCUAUGAGGAGCGUAACGUCCGUGACUGGGAUGAAGAUAUGAAGGACCAGGAGAGUGAUGCUGGUGGAGAAGAAGAUGGUGAGGAGGACUUUGAUGAGGAUAAGUUUGGUUCCUUCGGUGGUGAACAGAAGUCCUCGUUUGUUGACAUGAGACCAAAGACCGGCGGCUUUGGUAGUGGGUUCAACUUCAAGAAUAAGGAGAAGGUUAAGAAAACGUCUAAGAAGAAGUAUACGUGGAGAGCCAAAGUGGAAAACGAAGAGCUGAAGAAGUUGAAGGAUAAGCGUAAGAGUGAGAUUGAGGAUGAGAGAGACUUUGAGUCGUCUGAAGGAGACGAUGAGCCGUCUGAGGAAGAAGCUGAACAUCCAGAAGAUUCGAAAGCUGUCAAGGAUGAUGAGGAGGACGAUGAGGAGGACGAGGAGAAUGAUGAGGAGGAUGAGAAUGAUGAGGAUGAUGAGGAUGAUGAGGACCAAGAAGACGAAGAAUCCAAGAGGAAAAAAUUCUCGCACAGUGCAAGAGCAGAGGACUUCAAGGAGUGGGCAGAUGAACAACUGAGAAAGCUAGAAGGGAGACUCGCACCACAAGCAACCUUGCCAAAUCACGAUUACAAAACCUACAAGAGAAUAGAUCGCCCAGAAGACUUGGAAGAUGACCUCAAGGAGGAUUAUAUCCCGGUCGACGAGAAUAGUACACGUAAAGCAUUCUUCGUCACCGUUAAUAGACCAGAUGAUAUCCAGCAAAGCCGUUUGAACUUGCCAGUUUACGGUGAGGAGCACAAGAUCAUGGAAGCCAUUCAUCAUAACGAUAUUGUCAUCAUUUGCGGUGAAACCGGUUCUGGUAAGACAACCCAGGUUCCUCAGUUCCUAUACGAAGCAGGAUUCGGCUCCAUGAACUCGCCUGAGAACCCUGGGAUGAUUGGUAUCACGCAACCAAGAAGGGUUGCUGCUGUAUCCAUGGCAAAUCGUGUUGCUGCCGAAUUAGGCGACCACGGUGAUAGUGUUGGAUAUCAGAUCAGAUUCGACUCUACGACUAAACCAGAGACAAGAAUGAAGUUCAUGACAGAUGGUGUGUUGCUGCGUGAAAUGAUGACUGAUUUCAUCCUGGAGAAAUACUCUUCAAUUAUCAUUGAUGAAGCACACGAACGUAACAUUAACACAGAUAUUCUCAUUGGUAUGCUGAGCCGUGUUGUUCGUCUUCGUCAUAAACUCAAUGCUACGGACCCUGUGAAAUAUAAGAAGCUAAAGCUCAUUAUCAUGUCUGCCACUCUUCGAGUUUCUGAUUUCAGUGAGAAUAAGGCACUGUUUGAAACUCCUCCUCCAAUCUUGGAAGUCCAAGCAAGACAAUACCCGGUGUCCAUCCAUUUCAAUAAGAAAACCGCACACAACUACAUUGACGAGGCGUUCAGAAAGACCUGUAAGAUCCAUCAAAGAUUACCACCUGGUGCAAUUCUGAUCUUCAUGACCGGUCAAAAUGAAAUUACAGGCUUGGUGAAGAAGUUGAAACAGGAGUUUCCAUUCACUCAGUCGAGAUCUAAAAAGUAUCAUAACGAUGAAGACGAGGUUCAGAAUCUAAGAAUCAACGCCAAACAAGCGGAUGCAGAAGUGGAGGAUAUCGAGUUCAGUGUUAAAGUCGACGACGAUGGUGAACUUCUUGACGAUGGUGAUGUGUCAGAUGACGCUGAAGAAGGCUUUGACGAGACUUUGGAGGAAGGCCAAACAGAGAGAGAUCCCUUGUACGUCUUGCCUUUGUACUCCUUGCUGCCAACAAAAGAACAGAUGAAAGUGUUCCAGGAUCCACCAAAGGGAAGUCGUCUGUGUGUUGUGGCUACAAACGUUGCAGAGACCUCUUUGACCAUUCCAGGUGUUAGAUACGUUGUUGACUGUGGUCGUGCAAAGGAACGUAAAUACGAUAUCAAAACUGGAGUCCAAAGCUUUGAGAUUGACUGGGUUAGUAAGGCAAGUGCCAAUCAGAGAGCUGGUAGAGCAGGUCGUACAGGUCCCGGCCAUUGUUAUCGACUGUACUCAUCUGCGGUCUAUGAGCGUGACUUCCCGCAGUUUUCCAUCCCUGAAAUUCUUCGUAUGCCGAUAGAAAGUGUUGUGUUGACAAUGAAGAGUAUGGGUAUCAGUGGAGUGAUCAAAUUUCCUUUCCCUACACCACCGGAGAGAGAUCAGUUAGCCAUUGCCGAGAGGUUGUUGCAAGUGCUUGGUGCACUUGAUCAAGAGUGCAAUAUCACGGAGCUUGGGAAAAACAUGAGUAAUUUCCCAAUGAGUCCAAGAUUUGCCAAAAUGCUCAUGGUUGGUAACCAAAGAGGCUGUAUGCCGUACGUUGUGGCCAUUGUAUCCGCACUAUCUGUUGGAGAUCCCUUCAUCAACGAGAAUGAACUUGGAAUCGAAAAUGAAGAUGAGGAUCAGGGAGAUCAAGAGUUGGAAUUCAAGAGAAACCUGAGAUCCAAAUUCCACAGCUCAAGGCAGAUCUUUAGUAAACUGGACAAGUACAGUGAUGCACUGAAGUUGUUAAGUGCAGUUUGUGCGUAUGAUUGGAUUAAACCUGAAAAGCGUGAUGACUUCCUCUCCAACAACUUUCUCAGACCAAAGCUUAUGGAAGAGAUCAAGAAGCUCAGAAAGCAGGUCACGUAUAUCGUCAAGUCCCUCACCACAAAGGAGAGCGUAGCAAGCAACGUUACGGAACAGGAAUUGAAAUUGGACAUGCCAAAAGAUGACCAGGUAAAGCUGUUGAAACAGGUGAUCGCAGCAGGGUUCGUUGACUGUGUUUCGAUCCGUGCCGAUUUGAUCGACAGCGAUGUCAAGCUGACCAGCAAGACGGACAUUGCAAACAUUCCUUACAUCCCUGUACUGCCAACCAAUGACCAAGAGAACACUUCUCCAUAUGUCUACAUCCAUCCAGGUUCCAUCCUGUGCACGUCAGGUGAAGUUCCACCGUCGUACAUCGUCUACGAAGCCAUCACUGCCGGUGCAAACAACAACCCUGAUUCCGCAACGCUGCCAAAGCGCAGAAUGAGAUCGCUCUGUAACAUCACAGCCAUGGCUCUUGCUAACGUUGCAAAGACCAGUGGUCUCAUCACCUACUCGAAGCCCUUGGGCCCACCCUACGCUCCAAAGCUGUUAACCUCUACAAAGCGGGAGUGCUAUGUUAUUCCAAGAUACGGUGCCAACGUCGGCACUGGAGGUGUCGGCUGGGACUUGAAGCCCGUCAAGGUGACCCAGAACAGAAUUCAGGGCAAGUGGAUCAACGAAUAGUUUGUAUAUCUAAUACAGCCUUGUAUAGAUUAAAGUGUCCC